AUGCUUUCCGUCGGUCCCCUCGGAGACGACUCCGAAGCUCUUAGGCUGGAGGCGAUGGCCGGGGGGGGAGCCAGCGGCGGCGGCAGCGGCGGCGGCGGCAGCAGCAGCAGCAACGCCCGCUCGAUUCACGCCAUACGCUGCUUCAACGCGCAGACGCACUUGUCCGCAGUGGACCUCUUGCGAAACGGCCGCCUGGGAGACGACGACGGCGACGAUGACGGGAACGGGAAGGCGUUGGCUACAGCCACUGGCUCAACCGAGACCAGGCCCGUCUUCUCUGGCGCUGUGCGACCUGGUUCCGCCCCGCUGAGGGCACCGGUGACAAUGGCGACGACAGAAGCGACGACGACGACAAGGACGGUGCAGGAACUAGAGAGAGAGACGAGGAGGAGAAGGAGGAGGACCAAGAGCAGGGCCGUCCGACGGAGAAGGGAGGAGGGGGGAUGGCAGGAGAGGACGGCGCCCCGGUUGUUCUCGUGCACGGCGUGUUCGGUGGCACUGUGCGUGAUGGUCGACAGGAUAGCUACCGAGGAUGCACGCUUGAGACCGUCACGUGGCCUCCCCCCCAGGCCAAAGGCGGAACAAAUCAGGGUUCUCCUCGCUUCCGGUACCAACGUCGCCGUGGACAGGGUUCUCAUGGGACUGGUGUCGGCGGGUUUUGACGACAUCGCCCGCCUCGGCUCACAUCGCCGGACGCACAAGUCUCUCCUCGACCGGGUCGUGCACAGCAGCCCCCCUGGGCGCGACGCGCAAAAGGCAGUGCAGAGUGAGCUCCAGGCCAUGCUCAAGACGGCUGUUGGAGCGGACAGGGACGAGAUAGGGCGGGCGCUGCAGGCGUCGAAGGCGGAAAGCUUCACGACAGACCAAACCAAACGGUUGCGCGAGGCCCGCGUGACCGGCGUCACCUGCGCGUCGGCGACGGUACCCUUGCUCACAAGACCGCCCCGGUCGCCGCGCCCCCUCCCACGGGGCGGCGUUGUCAGCGGCGGCAACGGCAGCAACGGUUCCGUUGCAGCGCGAAAGACCGGGGUCGCCACGGGGGGCACCAAGACGGCUGGUCCAUGGAAACGUCCGGCCGGGGUUGCCGGGAGCAACGGUCGUCUUUUAGGGGGGGGAAGGGGAAGCGCGGGGGCGCGAGGUUGGAGCGGGGGCGGCGGCGAUGGAGGUCGCCGCGGGUACGAUAUCGUCGUUCUCGACGAGUCCUCGCAGAUCGUGGAGCCGAUGAGCUUGCUGCCGGUCGCCGUUGCGCAGCCGCGGAGGCUCGUGCUUGUGGGAGACCCGAUGCAGCUCCCGCCUCCGGUAGCUCGUGCAAGGUCGACCGUAUCAGCCGAACAUCAUCAGAAUCAGCAGCAGGAGCAGGAGCAGCACCACCACCAUCACCAACAAUCACAGCGACAGAUGCCCAAAGAUGCGUGGCUUGAGAAAGCUAACGCUCGCCCGGGGAACGGGGACACCCUAGAGAAGACCCUGUUCGUUCGCCUGGCCAAGCUCGGCGUUAAGCCCCUGCUCCUAGGCCGGCAGUACCGCUGCCACCCGCAGAUGUCGGCGCUGGCAAGCCGCCUCUUCUAUCAGGGCAGGUUGACGGAUGGCGUUGCUGCGAGAGACCGGGGGCCGCUAGUGUCAGGCCUCGCGCCGUUGACGCUCCUCGACGCCGCCGGAAGGGGCGCCGAGAGCACGGCCCCCGGCGGCAGCAUCAAGAACGCCUUCGAGGCCCGCGCGGUGGCGGACGUCGUGGCCUCCCUGCUGCGCGCCGGGUCUAGCGGCGGCGGCGGCGGCGGCGGCGUUGGCGGCGGCGACAAGGCGCAGCUGGCACAAGUCCGCCGUGAGCUCGAGUCGGCGUCUUGCGCCACUCCCGGGGCUGCUUCGAUUCCAUCGUCUUCGUCAUCACCGGAUGAUGGUGUUCAACCUGGGGGAGAAGGACGGGAUGAAGGACAGCAAGGCGGGGCUUCUUCGGUUUCUUCGUGUUGCCGCGACGUGCAGGUUAGCACGGUGGAUGCAUUCCAGGGAGCCGAGAAAGACAUCGUCAUCGUCGCCUCCACGCGCACCGAACGCCUGGGUUUCAUAGUAAGGUAG